AUGCCUUUCCAACUUGAUACCCCCGUCCUUACUGUGGACACAGGAAUAAUACACAAGGUUGACGCCGGCAACCCUCAGACCCUCUACGACAUGUGGACUGUCUUCUCCAGAUGCGGCGAUUCUGUCCAGAACGGCAGGCGGCUAGAAUACAUGUGCUGGCGCUACUGGAACAGGGCCACCAUGCUCAACAGCCGUCCUGAGCCCAUCAGCGGCAUGUCCCAGAGUGCACCCCAGGCCAUUCCCUCCGUCUCCUCGAUGCAGGAGAUGCCCCAGCUUUCCAAGAGCGUCGAUUCCGCGCCCGAUGAGGAGGCUGUUGACUUCACUGCCGAAACCUCCCCGGUCGACAUCCGACCCAGGAUCUCGCGACAGGACUCGUGCGGUAGCAGGCGAGAUAGGACUCCCCGUUCCGAGGAGUUCGAGAAGCUCUUCGUUUCCAUCAUCAAGGAGCAAGAGCCCCUUCUUCCCCAGCCCCCAGCCCGCCAGGCCGUCGCUGCUCCCCUCCAGCGAUCUGGAUCCACUACUGAAGAGGAGUCUACCCAAUCUUCCCAGACCUCGGAGGAUGUUAUCUCCGAGGCCUCUCAGCAGACCUCUCCCGACCUUUCCUACCGCACCACUACCGUCAUCCGCGGAUUCUCCCCGCAGCCAGCGUUACUGUUCAGCAGUGCAGCGGAAGCAGGCGAACGCCACCUUCAUCUGCGGUGUAUCCAGCUCUUCGAGCGACCACCAGAGCCUCCCUACUCGCAAGACCUUGGUCAAGCCCAGGCAGCCCGUUUUCCAGAUUGGAACGUCGGGUUCCUCGGAAGAAGAGGGCUCCUCAGGAGCGCGAUGCAAAAGUCUCGCUCUGGUACCUUCUUGGGCCAGAAGAAGCAGGUCACCAUCCAGCAGAUGAGGGCCCACGAAUCGAGCGCCAUCGAGGACGACGACACCGAGUGCGACGACGUUGACGAGAGCGCGAUCGACGACGACGAAGACGACUCGGAUUGGGAGGACUCUGACGAGGCCAGCGGCAAGUCCAGCAUCGAUGACAAGACAUACUUCAAGCGUGUCGACUCCAGCGCCCAGCUCGUCUCUCGGCGCUCUCUCAUCACCCUCGGACUCGAGGCGACGGAGCGACAGAGGCGUCUUGGUAACCCUGCUUCCCAGUCCACUUCCGCCCUUCACCGCCCUCGUGGAGCCCUCGCCGGCCAGCAGGUCGCCGGUUCCCCCAACGACUCGGACGAGUCUUCCCUCAUGAUGAAGAGGGGCGGCCGUGUCAGCCAGCUCAGCCAGCUCAAGCCCAUCAAUGAGAACCCCAGGACCGGACCCCAGCCCAUCAUGGCCCCUCCUACGCAGAACCACUUCCCCGCCGCUCUCUCUCCCCGAACCACUCGCCGCCACAUGCUCGCCACCGAGCUCACCCCGUCUCUUCGCCGAAAUCUCCUCUGGGAGCGCCAGCAGAAGUCGUCGACUGCCAACGCUGUCCUCAAGCGCAGGCACACGUCUCACGACGUCGCCAACCUCAAGCAGUACCCCGAGCGAGCCUACACCACCAAGGCUGAGGAUGCCAACUCCAGCAGCUGGAACCAGUACUUCUCUAAGGAGGCCUUCAACGGCUACCAUUCCAAGGGCUGGUAA